GUAAACUGAUGUAGUAGGAGAAAACGUGUUUGAAGAAAGUAGGAGUUUGCGGCGCCAUUCAUCUCAGACCGGUCGUAAGUGCUUGUAGUUGCUUCUACUCGGGGGAGUCAUGUUGCUGUGUUUCUUCCGUGUGUUUUUGCUUUCAACUAUAGUUUUAAACUCAGCUGAAGGAUAUUAUGUGGUUCCACGCGCAAAGUUUGAAGUGUUCUAUCCGCGUGGCUUUCAAGUUUCGAUACCUGCUGAAGAUGGCGUGACACUAUUCGCCUUCCAUGGGAAACUCAACGAAGAAAUGGAAGGCCUCGAAGCUGGGCACUGGUCCAUGGAUAUUACGAAGCCGAGAAAUGGACGUUUUACAUUUAGAGAUCGAGGAACAGCAUUAAAAGUGGGCGACAUUAUUUACUACUGGACAUAUGCCCUGCAUUAUGGAUCUGGUUAUCGUGAGGACAAUGGCGAAUACAAAGUGACGGGAUAUGUUAAUAAAACUGACGACGUCGUUACCUUUCCUUCUUCUCCCUCGCCUUCUCCUGAGACUUGUAAGCCUUCAGUAACUUAUGUAAACGGAGUGAAACAGGAGUGCGCGAACGUGGAGAUUUUCGCUGAGGAUUUUUCCAGCAGGACGAUAGAUCCUUCCAAGUGGACUCAGCAGAGACGGUUUUCCCGGGAACCUGACUAUGAAUUUGUAACUUACCUGUUGAAUGAUGAUAUUCUUUACACUGAAAGUAGCAACCUUUUCAUAAAGCCAAAGCGCUUAACAGAUAUUUACGGCGAAAACAUCUUGCGAGGCCACCUCUUUUUCCGUACAGAUUGCACGGGAGAAAUUAGAACGAAGGAAUGUGACCAGCACGGCGAGAGGUUCAUGUUGCCGCCAAUAGCUUCAGGGCAAGUUACAACCAAAAAUCAUUUUAGCUUCAAGUAUGGAUCAGUUAAAAUAAGAGCCAAAUUGCCAAACAUGAAAUGGGCAUUUCCUCAAUUUUUUUUGGAUCCUUCCGAAAACGCUUAUGGAAGCAGAGAUUACAGCUCCGGGCAGAUGAGGGUUGCUUUCUUCUCUGAGUCAGACCCGUUAGUUCUAUCUGGUGGUGCGAUACUUGCAAGCGAAAGGAAAUUUAGAAAUCUGUUUACGUGCGAAAAUGUAAAAAAAAGUGGAACAUGGAGUGCAGAUUUUCAUAUUUUCAGUUUAGAGUGGACGCCAGAUUCGAUUACUACAUCAGUCGAUGGGAUUGAGUAUUGUUUGAUUGAACCAGGCAACGGAUUUGGAUACGCUGAAACAGCGGCGGGUGAAAAAAUUCCAAAUGCUGAAUAUAUAAGAAGGGGUGGUAAAAUGGCACCUUUUGAUCAUGAGUUCCACUUAACAAUUGGUCUAGGUGUAGGUGGCCAUUAUGAUUUUGAUGAUAAUAUAUCGGGUAAGCCAUGGAUAAAUAGAGAACCGAGAGCUCACAAUGACUUCUGGAAUGCUAUAAAAGGUACAAAUUACCCACAAGGAAAAUUGAUAAUUGAUUAUGUAAAGGUAUUAACUGUUUAAGUAAAAACAUAUACAUAAAUACAUUAGUAUAUAGGGAGAAUAAAGGCUUUUCUGAAAAAAACCAGUUUGGAUUAAA